UUUAAUAUGAUUCGUUACUGACCCCAUAAUUUAUACCUCUCUUGAGAAACCCUUCCUUCCCCAAAACCAGGGUCACAAGCUAUUCUUACCUGACUAAGCAAGUUACACUCUGAAUCUCCCUUACUCUCCUCUUUCCUUUUUCUCUCAUCGAUUUCUCAUGACAAUUCACAAACUAAACCUCUUUUCAUCAUCACUUGAUUUCAGACAACUACUCUCCAACAAUACACGGGGAGUUUACCUUUUCAUUUAUGUCAAAUGUCCAAAUCCAAAUUAACCCAUCACCAUAAUCAUCAAAUUAAUCCUUUCAUCACUUUCUUCUCUCUUUUCUUGCUCUCUUCUUCCAUUCUUUCCUCCAAUCUCCCCUUCGCUUUCGCCUCGCCUUCAUCAUUGUCAGAUUCUAACAUUCAUAGGCGUGAUCCAUUGCAGCAUUUUGAGUUCUAUCAUGGAGGUUACAAUCUUCAAAGCAAACAUUACUGGGCUUCGGCUGUUUUUACGGGAGUUCAUGGGUAUGCAAUGGCGGGAGUGUGGAUGUUAUGUGGAUUAGGAUUUGGGAUUUUCUUGAUUAUCAAGAACUAUUAUUGGAGCAGCAAUAAUCAAUUUUCUUCGGCUAAUCAAUCAAAAUAUUCGAAAUUUUCAUAUUAUUUGGUGUUCUUCCUGCUGCUAUUUUUCACGCUCCUUGCCAUGAUUGCCACAGGAUUCGUGAUAGCAGAAAACCAGAAAAGUCUUCAUACAACAAAGAAACUGAAAGAAACAAUUCUAGGGGCAGGCAAUGAGGCACGCAGAACAAUUCACAAAAUAAACAAAGUAAUGACCAACAUAAAAGCCCUCCUAACUCCAUAUGAUCAAGAAACUUGCAUUCUAUUAGACGCCACAAGUCUACAACUCGGAAAUGAAUCUCACAACAUCAAAAAAUUUAUCCAAAAGAACGAACAUUCCAUUGAUCAAGCUACUUGGGCUCUGUACAUAACAAACCUUGUAGUUGUGACCGUUAACUUGUUAUUUUUGGUUGCUAGUGUAGUUUUGAUCUUGUUACACUGGCACCCAAGAUUCUUCAUUCUGAUAUUCUUUUGCUGGAUAUUAACAAUGGCAUGUUGGUUUUUGACUGGCAUAGAUUUCUUUUUUCACAAUUUUGCAGAAGAUACGUGCACAGCACUUGAAGAUUUCAAAGACAACCCUGUGAAUAGCAGCUUAAGCUCAUUACUGCCUUGUGCAAACGCGUUAAAAUCACAAACUGUCAUCACCGUACUUGGCCAAACUGUCCAUGAUUUUAUAACACAGUUGAAUCUAAACAUGAAAAUAAUGCCCAAGGAGCUUGGAUUAGAUGAAUUGCAUUAUGAAAAUGCUUUUGGAGAUAGGAAAAUUUGUGAUCCUUUUGCUGGUCCACCUGAUUACAAGUAUCUAGCUGGUAAAUGCCCCAAGCAUGCCAUUCCAAUUCGCGAAUUACCUGGUAUUCUUGCUAAAUUUACGUGUGACAAUGAGUUAUCAUCCUUGGAGUCGUGUAAAGGCAAGGGGAAAUUUCUUCCGAAACCAACUUAUUUGAUGGCAUAUGCUUACAUUCGAUCAAUUGAAUACUUGACUAAUGUUUAUCCUGAUUUGGAGAACCUUAUUCAUUGUUCAUUUGUCAAAGAUCGGAUAUCCGAUGUGGUCAUGCACCAAUGCAAGCCAUUUAAGGUCUCUACAUAUGGUUUAUGGAUUUCAAUACUCUGUCUUUCAAUAAGCAUGGUGAUUUUGGUGUUACUUUGGGUGGCUAAAGUUUACCAAGGUCACAGAAGAAGCUUCUCAAAGUGUUCCAUCAUACCAAGAUAUCAAGAACCCUAAAGGGUUAGCCAAACAUUUGAACAUAAACAUACACUAAUACACAUUGCAUAAGAUUAGGCACUUUUUUUUUAUUAAUUGAUUUAUUUUAUUUAUAUAUUGAGUUAUAUUCUUCAAUAAACUUCUUGUAAACUUGUAAAAAAACAUGUAUACAAUGAAAAAUAAGGAUCGGAGAAGAGUACAGGGAGAGGGGAUAAUGGCAAAUGUACAUAUGUAGCUUCGGAUACUUAACAAAGUCGAGCAAAUUGUUUGAGAUUAUCCUUUAUUUUAUUUUAUGUCCACCAUUGUUGUAUAACAAAACUUA